AUGGCUCUUGCCGUUAUCACGUCAGCAAGGAAGCUACGUCCUUACUUCCCAUCGCACACGAUCGAAGUAAUGGCGAAUCAACCCGUUCGCACCGUAAAGCAAAACACCAAUCAGUCUGGACCGUUAUCGAACUGGGCUAUCGAGCUCAGUGAGCAUAACAUUGUGUUCAAAACUCGAGCGGCGGCGAAAUCACAAAUAUUCCAUGUCGACGGAUCGUCAACAAACAAAGGAUCGGGAGCAGAAGUCCAACUGCAGUCACCAACAAGCGUGUUAAUCAGACAGUCAUUCAGUUUCGGCUUCACCGCUUCGAACAACGAAGUGGAGUACAAGUCGUUAAUUGCAGGGCUACAAUUCGCUAAGGCGGUCAAGGAAAAAUGGCUCAGUACCUACUGUGACUCGCAACUCGUCACCAGUCAGUUUAGCGGCGACUACGGUGACCGCAACGAACGAAUGGAAGCCUACCAAAAAGUCUUCCAAGCACUCGCUAAAGACUUUGAAUUAUUCGAACUCACCAAAGUCCCUAGAGGAGAGAACGUGUACGCCGACGCUCUCGCUGCCUUAGGCAGCAGACUGCACGAUCAGGUGAAACGAACCAUUCCUAUGCACAAGAUCAACAAACCGAGCAUCGCGCUGCCAUCUAGCGAAACAACCAUCGUAGAACCCAUAACUGAAGUUGUCCCCAUGGAUGAAGACCCCGCAACGGAACAAACCGAAGCCCCCGACUGGAGAACAUAA